AUGUUGGUGCCUUCGGCUCGAGCUUUCCCACGACAUUCUCGGGGACUUAGCGGCACGCCGCAUCACGCUGCACGCCGCAUCAUGUUUUUCGGCCUGGAGGAGCCCCCGAAGGAGAAGCAGGAUGAAGCUGGCUACUUCACUUGGUUCACUGGGGAGGGGAAGAGCAAGGAGCAGCUGAUCCUUGAAGCCAAAGCAGAACGCUAUGUGACUCAGAUCUUGGCACUGGAUCGGGUGCUGCAAAACUGGCGCCAGAAGACCUUGGACAAGCGAGAGGCGGUGAUCCACGCGGACCACGUGAUGGAUAACAUCAUGGCCAUCGGGGUGGUGGACGGCGAUUGCGCCCGGCAGCUGCUCAUCGACCGGGGCAUCGACGAUUCUCAGAGGAUGGCACUUCAGGAGACCUAUCAGGAGUUGAAGAAGGCCUGCGGUCACAAAGUUCCGAAGUAUGGAGACGCGUACCAGCAGGCAUCCUUCUUCUGCUGCUGA